AUGCCACGAACAUUAUUGCUAUGUUUUAUCCAUGGGUUCAAGGGAACCGACAAUACCUUUCAAGAUUUCCCUUCUGAUCUCCAGAAAGCCGUCGCCCAGCAUCUCCCAAGUAAUCGUGUCGAGUCUGUCGUCUAUCCGAAAUAUGAGACGAAAGGCGAACUUUCAGAAGCCAGUGAAGCCUUUCUAGAAUGGCUGAAGGAACGCGUCAUAGAUAUUAGAAAGGCACAUUCAGAAAACCCUUGGCCUCCCAGCGAUAGAGAUGUAGGAGUAGUCCUUGUCGCCCAUUCCAUGGGAGGUUUCGUCGCAUCAGAUACGCUCUUCUUGGCACUCAAUAACCGAGUAACCAAUUCCGAUAGCGACAGCCCCAUUUUCCCUCCGAUCCAAGGAAUCUUGACCUUCGAUACUCCAUACAACGGACUUGCACGCUCCAUGUUUGUGUACGGAGCCUUCUCGAACUACUCCAAAGUCAGCAGUGUCUUCAAUGUCAUGACCGCAUUGUCGGCCGCUGCACCCGCAAGUCUAGCUCGACUUGGUGCUCGAAGAACAGCAACUGCCGCUGCGGCUACCUCUGGGAGUCCCCAAUGGAAGGCGUGGCAGCUGGUCGCUGUCAAAACUGGCACGGUCGGUGCCAUUGCCGCUGGUGGUGUGGCUGCCUACACGCACCGAGAGGCAAUUAUGAAAGGCGUGAGAAGCGUGAAGGGCAUCAACAAAGAAUCCGUUGUCGAGGGAUAUCGACAAAGCAUUGACGCGAUAGGUCAAGGCCUCGCGUACAUCAAUCGCGGAAAUGUCGGGAAGUCAUUCGCCUGGCUUUCGGACCACUUUACGUUUGUCGGUGCCUUGCUUAAACAGAAGGAAUUGAACCGUCGCAUCGAGCGCAUGGGUGCUUUGAGGGGUAUUGGGAUCCACGACUUCUAUUGCUCGCUUGGGGAGAAUGGCUAUUGGAGCGGCGGUUACUUCGUGCCGGAGAGAACUUUCUGUGCAGUCCCAGAGGAGAGCCAUCCCGCCUACGACCUAUUUUCCCGGCGCGUCUUGCCCAAGGAUAAGAUCGACGAUGAGGUCCAGGCGCACUUGAGCAUGUUUAGGCCCGAGAAACACGCAGGAUACAAAGAUAUGACCGAAGAGUCGGCUGUCCUUGUCAAAGGCUGGUUUCUGAGCGAAGAACCAAUUUUCGAUGACCCCAAGUUUCAAGAGACACCUGUGGAUGAAGCAAGCGAGGGUGCGACGGUGACGGAUAUUCUGGACACGCCCCCCGAGAAACUCGAAAAGGCCGAACAGACUGUGGAAGAUGAGAAACAGAUUGACAAUCACCCAGACGAGUCCCCUAUCGAUAUCGCCGCCGCCGCAUCGCUCGUCCCUCUACCUAGCGACGAAGGGGAGCUCGUCGGGGACGCCAGCACCGACACCACCAAUGAUCCGGAAAAGAGAAACUACUUGAACCAUCUGUUCCAGGUGGCACAACAGGCUGGAACAGGGCUGUCGGGUGUGAAGGGCUGGCUGCCUAAUAAGAUGCCGCAGAUGCCACAGAUGCCGACAAUGCCCAGCGGGAUGCCAACCAUGCCAACCAUGCCCAGCAUGCCAAACAUGCCAAACAUGCCUAGUGUCCCCGCCUCAGUAUCAUCGCUGGCCCAGGUCUCAAUGCCGAGUGUCAAGAUGUUUGCGAAAAAGGAGACCAAAAACGAGGACCAGAAGGGAGAAACCGAAGAGGCCCAGCAGCCAGUUUCAGAGACCGGGGCGACCGAUGACCGCGAAAAUGAGGGGUUUGAUGUCAAGGCUGCUUAAAAUCUGCUCGGUUAUUUUGGUUCAAAGUGUGUUUAUUUAAAUUAUCCUCUG